UCCGGUGUAGGCCAUUUUGUUCUGAUCCGUGGACGCUCAGCGGUUGCUUCGUUCUCAUCUGCGUUUCUGUUAAUUCUACCGACUGCGGUUCGAGUUGCUAUAUUUAAAGCGCUCGUCGUUAGUACGUUUUGUAGAUCGGAAUAAAUUAGCCUCAGCCUCAGGCGAAUUAUCUCCAUCUUUUCUGGCGACAGGGCGACGAAUCUGUGGUCUAAUGCGUGGCGUUUCAGAGAGCUCACCGACUCGCGCAAUGGCGGAGGAUUUGGAUGUCGAGGCGAUGCUGGAGGCACCGUAUAAAAAAGGGGAGCAGGACUCCUCCUCCAAAGACAAGUCCUCCAAGGAGAAUGGGUCUAGUCGGAAAUCGUCUGGGAAAAGCAAACAUCGCUCGCGUUCUCGUUCACGAUCACGAGAUCGCGAUCGUCGAGACAAAGAUCGGCGGGAUCGCGACAGAGACAGAGACAGGGACAGGGACCGAGAUCGAGAUCGUGACCGAGAAAGGGAUCGCGACCGCGACCGCGAUCGUCGGCGCAGAUCGCGAUCGCGAGACAGACGGGACCGGGAAAGAGAUCGUGACAGCGAUCGGGACAGAGAUAGACGAGAUAGAGAUCGAGAUAGAGACAGGAGAAGAAAGCGAUCGCUAACGCCUCUGACCCUACCCAGAGCUCGACCGCCGUUCGGCAAAGGUCAUAGCCCACUUGGAAUAAAUGACGAAUUAACACCAGAGGAGCGAGAUGCUCGUACUGUCUUUUGUAUGCAGUUGAGUCAACGAAUUCGCGCUCGCGAUUUGGAAGAAUUCUUUUCGAGCGUUGGCAAAGUUCAAGAUGUUAGACUUAUCACCUGUAAUAAAACCAGACGAUUUAAGGGUAUUGCUUAUGUAGAAUUUAAAGACCCGGAAAGUGUGACCUUGGCUCUCGGUCUGUCUGGUCAGAAACUUCUCGGAGUGCCUAUUGUAGUUCAACACACGCAAGCCGAAAAAAAUCGUAUGGGCAACUCAAUGCCGAAUCUGAUGCCAAAAGGACAAACGGGACCUAUGCGUUUGUACGUUGGAUCUCUGCACUUCAACAUCACAGAGGAUAUGCUUCGUGGUAUCUUCGAGCCAUUCGGGAAAAUCGACAAUAUACAAUUAAUUAUGGAUCCCGAAACAGGCCGAAGCAAAGGCUAUGGAUUUUUAACCUUUAGAAAUGCGGAUGAUGCAAAGAAAGCGUUGGAACAGUUGAAUGGAUUUGAGCUUGCUGGUCGACCCAUGAAAGUCGGAAACGUGACAGAACGAACCGAUCUUAUUCAAGGACCGUCACUUCUUGACACUGACGAGCUUGAUCGUAGCGGUAUUGAUCUAGGAGCAACUGGCAGAUUACAAUUGAUGUUUAAGUUAGCGGAAGGCACUGGACUAGAAAUUCCUCCUGCGGCAGCAAAUGCGUUAAAUAUGGCACCUGUUAUGACACAACCACAGCCGCCACCACAAGCAGCUCCUCCCAUUGCAACCCAAUGUUUCAUGUUGUCAAAUAUGUUCGAUCCACAGAAUGAGACGAAUCCUAAUUGGGCGAAGGAGAUCCGCGACGAUGUUAUCGAAGAGUGUAACAAACACGGAGGCGUUUUGCACGUUUAUGUGGAUCAGGCGUCGCCCCAGGGUAACGUUUACGUGAAAUGCCCGUCGAUCGCAACCGCGGUGGCCGCGGUGAAUUCGUUGCACGGUCGAUGGUUCGCUGGUCGUGUGAUAACUGCUGCCUACGUACCGGUUGUGAAUUACCACUCCUUGUUCCCAGAUGCUAUGACCGCGUUACAAUUGCUGGCACCAAGCGCGCCGCGAAGAGGAAUGUGAUAAUCUUGAACAAAGCAAACGACCAACAAUCCGUUUGAUGUGUAAAUCACCAAGUAGAAUUGCGCGUUCGUCUCUUUCUCACAUACUCAUCUUGUUUGUGAAGAUCGUUCUUAUUUUUUGAUAAAACGCGAGUAAUUCGAACAACAAAUUAUGACAAUUCUGUAUGACCGGUUGAGAGAUGAUUAUCAUUCACGUCAAUUCAUCACGCAAUUUCAUAUUUAUAUUGUAAACUCAACACGUUCGAUUCGUUAGUUUACAGCAUAGUCAUUUGUGUUUUCGUGUUUUCCGUUUGUUUACAAUAAGGAAUUUUGCGUGUUAUUUAAAACCAAAUUGCGGUAUAAGUGUUUUACAAUAGAUGCAGAUUGUUUCACGCGAUUGCAGAUUAGUCUUUCGCGUAUAUAAGUCACAAAAUUGUAAAAUAUGUACCCGGUUCUCGGUCUAAGUGAUGUAACAUGGGUUUUGCGAAUGCGUUUUUGAUGAUAUUCAAUCGUAAUAGAGUAUUUCGUCGUAGAAAAUAUGAUAUAAAAAAAGUGCGAAGACUUUAAUCCUCUCAUCUCGGUAGGUGCAACAUACCUCAUAUUUAAGAUACAUUUGUACGUUGAAAGUGGAAUAUUCAAAUAAAAAAAAAGAAGAUAUCAAAAACAAUUUCUAGAAAAAAAAAAAAAAAAAAAGAACAUUUGAUCGCAUUCUCUCUAUAUAACCCGCAGUUACAAUGUUUAAAAGACUAAAGACUAACUUAGUUAACUUAAAAUCUAUUUCUGUGUGUAUAUUUACAUUAGGGACGAAAGGAUUAAGGUACGUUACGUGGAAAGGUUUGAUGCGUAAUGAAAAUUUAUGGGCACACACACACACACACAUUAGAUUUGUUAUAUUUAUACGGAGAGGUGAGAAAAAAGAUGUGCGAGACAGAGAAAGGGGUCUGCAAAUACUGGACACAGUUCCGGAACGAACGUAUUGAUAUAUACACAGUGAUGUUACAUUUAUAUAUACUCUGAUAUAUUUUAUAAAUAAUAAAUAUAAUAUAACAAUAACAGUAGAAAUUUGAGGACAGAAAUAAACUUUCAGUUUCCGUGUAACAAAACUGAUAAAAGCAUUGCGUAAGUUUAAUACUAAAUAGACUUGGAAUAAUCGGUUAAAAGCUAAGACAAAAAAAAAAAAAAAAAAA